CUAGUCACAGGCGCAUCGUCCGGCUUCGGACGCCUUAUGACCGAGCUCGCUCUCAAAAACGGCGAGAAGGUUGCUGCUACACUGCGAAAACCGGAGGCCAUCUCCGACCUCGUCGCCCAAUAUCCUUCCGAUCAGCUACGAGCCAUUCAGCUCGACGUGACGAAGCGCGAGGAGGUCAGAGCCGGACUAACCGCCGCGCUCGUUCAUUUUGGCAGGAUCGACGUCGUGUUCAACAACGCAGGCUGGUUGGCGCUGGGUGAGGUUGAGGGAACGGACGAUGCGGAUGCGCGUUUGAUCUUCGAAAUCAAUUUUUGGGGCGCGGCGUAUGUGACACAGGAGAGUCUGAGGAUCUUCAGGGAGGAGAACAAGCCUCAGGGAGGCAGACUCUUGCAGUCGUCAUCGGUUGGCGGCUUCGCCGCCUUCGCGGAUAGUGGGUUCUACGCGGCAACGAAAUUUGCUCUGGAGGGACUGAGCGAAGCCGCCAUGGCUGAGCUCGACCCGGCAUGGAACAUCAAGAUCUCGAUCAUCGAGUUCGGUGCCUUCCGGACCAAGAUCAUGUACGACAACGUGAAGGCAACACCCCACCACCCUGCAUACGACAACCAAGAUCUCCCCAGCUGGAAGACGCGCGAGUUCAUCACCGGUCCGAACGUCAAGGGCGACGCGGCCAAGGCUGUUAUUGCAGUCGAUAAGUUGUCGCGCCUGGAGAAACCCCCUCGCCGCCUCGUGCUUACCAAGCCGGCCAUAGCGAUUGUCCGUGACAAGUUGGAGGAGUUCGGUGAGAGUCUGAAGGAAUACGAGGUGUGGUCCGAAGAUCUUGAAGUCGACGAGUAG